AUGAAUUAUAAAUAUUUCUUAAAAUUAAUUUUAUUCUUCAUUUUUUUCAAUGAAAUCAAAUCUUGUUUUUCUAAUUCUGGUAACAAGCCAAUUUCUACAAUAACUACAACUACCGUAAAUCCUACAUCUACUACAUCUAUUACAUCUACUACAACUGCAGCAACAUCAACAACAACUACUGUUGUCUCAAAUUGUGGAACAAUAGAUGUACUAAAAAAUGAUCCGGCAAAUUCUUUAGAUAUAACACAAACAGAAACACAACAACCAGAUGGAUCAUUUACAUUAAAAUUAGAAUGUAUAUCUCAGGAUCCAGCGACAACUGUAACAUUAUUCUGGAAUGAUGGAAAAAAUGGUAUGACUGAUAGUCCAACAAAUACAAUAACAGCAAAUUUAGUCUGUGGUAAUGCUGGAAAUUGGGAAUUAACACAACCAGAUCCUGCAACUGGUAAUGAUGUAACAACAGAAAUAACACAAGUAGAAUGUUUAUUUAUUUAA